AAUGUCGCCUGCCGUCAUGCUACCUCUGAAGGAGAAGGAUAAGCCCAUCGUCCAGAAGCUGUUGUCUGCUGGCUGCUGCGCUCGCUGCGUCCUCAGAUUCUGCUGCGUCAGCGUUCACGCCGCCUACAGACAGCCGCACCAGGAAACACUGAAGGAGCUUCAAGCGUUCAUCAGCGACACGGAAAACGGCAAAUCCCAAGAUUCAGCACCAGCGCCAGAGUCCACAGAGGAAGACAACAAAUCCCAUGAUGCAUCAGUGUUGGAGGCAUCAGACGACCCGCCGAGUAAAAAAGCUAAACUGGACCCCGGCGUGAGCGACGCUCCGUCAGCAGAGGUCAAGGAGUCGGAUGUGUGCAUGCUGUGUUUGGGGAUCCUGCAGGAUCUCUGCGGCCCGAGUCGAGCCGUCAAGAUCGCUGAGACGGUGAAGACAGAAAACUACAAGUUUGACACGUUGGUCCUUUCCGUGUCUCUGCCGGCUCAGCUGUGUGUCCGCGAGCAUUCCUGUUGGCUCCAUGUGAAGAAAGAAGUCAGAGAGAAGAGCUCUGUGCUCGACAAGGACGACGUCAUCCAGGUGAAGGAGGCGUUCAAAUGGGUCAUGCAGGGUCUGGUUGCCAAGGAGCUGGGGGGCGUUGCUGUGGUUACCAAGAGUCAGUUCGAGGUCGGUGUGGAGUUCACUCACCCAGAGACUGACGCUGACUGCCAUUUCCUUGGAACAACGUGUCCCGACUGCUUCAAACCAACCAAGAACAAACUGUCGAUGUUCACCAGGAUGGCCGUAGUCAAAGCUCUGGAGAAGAUACUGAAAGCAAAUUCCUCAAGUAAACACUUCCCCUGUCCUCCCACACGGCCGAGCUCCAGCUGCACACCGCAGGACGUCCAGUGUCUCCACGUGUCUGUGUUCGUAGCAGGGAGGUACAACAAGUUCUGCCGCAGUCUGCCUCAGACUCCGUGGGUGAUCGAUGGAGAGAGGAGGAUGGAGUCGUCGGUGGAGGAGCUGAUCGCCGACUCGCUCUCAUCUUACUUUUUAUUUUAUUUAUUUACAGGAUUUAAUUUCUCCUCGUCCGGCAGAGAGGAUGUGGACGUACGGACUCUCGGAAACGGUCGUCCGUUUGCGAUGGAGCUGCUGAAUCCUCACACGUCUCGACUCAGCAGAGCGGAGAUGAAGCAGGUGCAGGAGACUAUCAACAACUCUUCAGACAAAAUCAAAGUGAGAGAUCUGCAGAUUGUCACCAGAGAGGCCAUGGGUCGGAUGAAGGAAGGCGAGGAGGAGAAGACCAAGUCGUACACGGCUCUCAUCUGGACCCAGAAACCGAUCCAGAGAGAAGACAUCACCUUCAUCGAUGAGAUCAAGGAUCUGACUCUGGACCAGAAGACUCCUCUGAGGGUUUUGCACCGCCGGGCGCUGGCCGUCCGACAGCGAGUCAUCCACAGUAUGAACGCCCGCUUCCUGGAUCCGCAUCACUUCCACCUGGGACUGAAGACUCAGGCCGGGACUUACAUCAAAGAGUUCGUCCACGGAGACUUCGGACGCACCAAACCCAACCUGUGUCAGCUGCUGAACACGGACACGGACAUCCUGGAGCUGGACGUGGAGUCUGUAGAUGUGGACUGGCCUCCUGCCAUACCGGAGUGAACACCGCCACCACCGC